UCUAGAGAGAGUUCAAAGAAGAGCAACAGAGAUGAUUAGGGGAUUGGAGGCUAAAACAUACAAAGAAAGAUUGCAGGAACUGGAUAUGUUUAUCACAGAAAACAACUUGGGCUGACAUGAUAGCAAUCUAUUUGGAGGCUGACAAAGAAAAGAGGGGCUUGGCUUAUUCUCCAAAGUGCCUUAGAGCAGGAGAAGUAAUGGAUGGAAACUUACCAAAAAGGGAUCCAACCUAGAAUUGAGGAAAAAUUUCAUCUCAAUGAGAACCAUCAAUGCCUCCAGAAGUUGUGGGUGUUCCAUCAGUGGAGGUUUUUAAGAGGAGAUUGGACAGCCAUUUGUCUGGAAUGGUAUAGUAUCUCCUGCUUGGAGAGUUGGUCCCUUCCGAUUCUUAUUCUUUAAUUCUGUUAGAACCUCAUGAACAUUUAGGGCUCAGCAUGUAGCUAAUCUUGAGAAGAUAAUUAGCGUCAUAUUUCACUGGGGUCAGUUGCAAAAGCAAGUUGUUAGGAGUCAGGCAUGUAAUCACCGAAAAUGUCUUGCAAAUGCCUUUAGGUAGAUAUGGGACAAGCUUGUUUUUCCACCUCCUAUCAGGAGAUGGCAAUCAUGAAGGCAACAUCUGUGCCUAGAAAGCCAACAAUACAGUAGCAGCAUCUGUGGUUGAGUUUAAAGGAGUUAAAACCAUCAAGUUACUUUUAUUGCUAGAAAGGAUAGGAGGAGCCAAGAAACUCAAAGGAAUUUCCUCUUCCUGCUCACCCAUGGGAGGAGGGUGAUGUGCAGGGUGGCUUUUGUACUCUUCCAAGGGUCAAAGCAGCAUCUGGAAGACAAAGAGGAUGCCAAUAAGAGCACUCCGGUCAACCAAGAAUAGCAAGCAAUGUUGAAAAGGAAAGCAAAGUUAUUUUCCAUUUCCUUCAGAAAACCACAUAAUUCUUCUCCUUCCCCAGAAGCUAAGAGACAAAGGAUAGAAAAUCAACAAGAAGAUUUUUUGAGCUGGAAUAAGUAAUUUAAGCAGAACUCAAGGAAACAAUAUACAAAAAGAUCACAGGAGAUUAUUUUUCCAUUCAGAAAAAGUGGGAAAUAUCUGGAAGCCAGUGUGAAGUAAAAGGUUAAUUAGAUGGUCACAUAGGGCAGACGUAAUGCAGGCUUCACCCUGUGAGGAAGAAACUACUUCGAAUCAAAGUUCCAUCCAACAAGGAUCACACGUAUUUUUGACCUCUUCAAUAUCGGUGGUGGAAAAGCUUCAUAAAUCUGACUGUUGUGAGAAAGGAACAAAUUGCAAGUCACAGCUGAUUAUGGAGAACAUGAUCCACAUUGGAGAAAAGCCAUAUAAAUAUUCUGAAUGUGGCAAAAACUUUAGUCAGAACUGCUCCCUUGUGGUUGAUGGAGGGACCCAGACAGAACAAAAGCCCUACAUAUUUUCCCAAUGUGAUGAAAGCUUUGACAUGCACAGCAACUUGGUAAUACAUCAGAGAACUCACAACAGGGAGAAAUCAUACGACUGUCCUGAUUGUGGGAAGAGUUUCAUUGGAAAUUCCCACCUCAUGAGACAUGUGAGGACUCACACAGGAGAGAAACCCUUUGAGUGUCCCGAUUGUGGGAAAAGUUUCAGUCAGAAUUCCACCCUGGUGAAACAUCAGAGGACUCACACAGGAGAGAAGCUCUUUGAAUGCCCUGACUGUGGGAAAAGUUUCAGUCAGAAUUUCAACCUGGUGAUACACCAGAGGACUCACACAGGAGAGAAACCCUUUGAAUGUCCUGACUGUGGGAAAAGUUUCAGUCAGAAUUCCAACCUGGUGAUACACCAGAGGACUCACACAGGGGAGAAAUUGUAUGAUUGUCCUGAUUGUGGGAAGAGUUUCAUUACAAAUUCUCACCUGGUGAUACAUCAGAGGACUCACACAGGAGAGAAACCCUUUGAAUGUCCUAUUUGUGGGAAGAGUUUCAGUCAGAAUUACAGCCUGGUAAUACACCAGAGGACCCACACAGGAGAGAAACCCUUUGAAUGUUCUGAUUGUGGGAAGAGUUUUAGUCAGAAUUCUCACUUGGUGAUACACCAGAGGAUUCACACAGGAGAGAAACCAUAUGAGUGUCCAGAGUGUGGGAAAAGUUUCAGUCGGAAUUCCAGCCUGGUGGUACACCAGAGGACUCAUACAGGAGAGAAACCAUAUGAGUGUCCGGAUUGUGGAAAAGAUUUCAGUAGUAGGUCUAGUCUUCUAAGUCAUGUAGGUUUACACACAGGGGAGAAACCUUUCAAAUGUCCAGUCUGUGGACGGUACUUCAUGCGUAAAUCAUCUCUUAUUGCACACAAGGAAAUCCACACAAGGCAAAAAUUGAUGAGUUUAGAGAAGGCUUGAAUUUCAUUUCUGAUCUCUCAUUGGGAUUGUAGGUGAGAAAUUGACUACCGGUAAUCUACUUACAAUCAUAAUUGAGCCCAAAAGUUAUGUUGCUGUGUGAGAAAUUUUUUGAAUGAGUUUUGCCCCCUUUUCCUGCCACGUUUGUUUAGGUGAAUCAAUGCAAUUGUUAAAAGAGCAACACGAUUGUUAAAUGAAUCUGAUUUCCCAAUUGACUUUUUUUCAGGUUGAUCCCAUGACCCUGGAAAGGUUGUUAGGUGAUCCCAUGACCCUGGGAAGUGCAAACAUUAUAAAUGUCAGUUGUCAAGAAUCCAAAGGUAAAUCACAUGACCAUAGGGAUGCUGCAAUGGUCCUAAGUGAAAAAUGCUCAUAAGUCACUAUUUUCAUUGUAACUUUGAAUAGUCACUAAGCAAACUGUUAUUAAGUUAAGGACUACCAGUAUUUGAAUUCUGCCCUAAUGCUUUUAAGUAAACACAUCUCAGAAUAAGACAGGUAGAUGGAGAGAAAAAAAAUGGAAAAUCUUAGUUUGAAAAACGCUCACUACCAACAACUGAUUAUCAGCAAAAAAAAAAAAAAAUUCUGGAUGUUUCCUUUUGCAGAAGUACUGAAAUUCCUCAAAAAGGCUUUUGGGUGGUGUUUUUUUGUGUAUUGAUUAUGUAAUUCCCACAUGUGGAGUUUCCAACUUCUACAUUGGUGUCCUCCCGCUUUUGAGUGCCAGAAUUCCCCAGCCACCAUUACAAGUAGUCAUUGAUGCACAACUCUAAUGGGGCCUGCCAAUUAGUUGUCUGUUGUAUUAAAUGAGACUGCUUUGCUUAAUUAUUCUCUGCUCUCCGUGAUGUUGCCAUUAAAUGUGCGAGUCGUUAAGUGGAACAGUGGCUACCUCAGUAUUGGGGAAAGCUCUUGGAGUCCAAACGUGGCCCAAGCUUCCCUUCCCUAGGCCUCCCCAAGACACCUGGUGCUCUGCUUCCCAAAUCUUGUGUCCCCAAACCUUUCCCGCCCCCACAGAUCCUACCCAACCUUUCCCCCCACCAGGCCUUUCCCCACUCCCACUGGAGCCCUUAGGCCAAACUCCCACCCCACCAGGCUUCACACCCUAAACCACCUUAUUUUUUUGAAGUUUUCUGAUCUCACAAUCAGAAGGAGGGUAGACUGAAACAUUCCUGGGCUGCAUGAUUGUAAUCCUGAGAGCAGUCAUCAUUUUCAGUGUGCCCAGGAUUCACCAAUGAGCCACGCAAUGUACUCGUGGAAGCAGCUGCCAUUUUGCCACGCCUGCCUCAGGGCCAAAAUGGUGGUUACUUUUGAAUCACUGUUGUGUGGGAGAGGGAGAAACUGCUCUGUUUUGCUACCUUAACACUCUGCAGACCGUCUUAAGGAGUUGGGGUGCUCUGAAAAUGAGGGAUGACCGGGAUAUAUCCAAAAAAUGUACGAUGGGUGUGCAGGAAGUAGGCCCAAGGCCCAGUGGAAAAAAGCGGUGUAAAAUUUCACAUGUAAAACCUGUUCUGCCUUGCAGAUGAACCUGUUGAAGAGCUGUAGGAAUAUUGAGUUAAGGAGGAAUGGUAUCCUGAGUUUGAUCACAGGAUCUCCAGGUUUAUUAGCAACUCCUGCUGUGAUCUCGUGUUUUUGGAGACGCCUUCUUAUGACUAUUUAAUAGUUGCUGGGUGACAGCAGGACCAAGUUGUGAUGCAUCCCCCUUGUUGGUGACGAUGUGAGGGGGGGAAAAUGAUUAGUGGAAAAUGUUACAUUUUCAAAAAUGCAUUGUGUAAGAACUAUCCUUAGCUUUUGAGAAGGAAAAAGUGGAUAGUGUUGUUAUGAACAUUUGGGCAAGGCAAAAUGCUCAGUCCCCUCAAACUGUGAGAUGUGCAGUGAAUAAGUUUAAUAAUAAAAUUAAUACUAAGAUAAUGUAAAGCCCUUUUCUGAACUCUUGCUCAGUGGUGAAGUCGCCACAUAUAUGCUGGGUUUCUCACACACUACAAUUGUUAAACUACCUGUAAUCUGUCUCUUGUGCAUUCUGCAUCUAUAACCAAUCUGUUGUCUUCAGUUUCACUUCCCUCCUCAUUAAAAAUUAAAAAAUUCAGGUUUGAUGGUGGAUCAAUCCGGCUACUCUGUGCCUCUGGAUGAUGUGAGCUGCAGUUAAGCUUCUGCCUCUUAAUUUAUUGUUGCAUUGCUAUUUAUCUCAGUCCUAAAUUCUAUGAAAGAAUGACAUUUCUUUAGGCACAGUUAAAAAAUUAGAACGGCUAAACUGGAUGCUUUGAUUGGCUUUCUUCUCAGAUUCAGAGAUGGUCUUCUCCAUCACUGCCAGUCUGAGAGAAGGAAGUUAAGACAUUUCAAACUGGACAACUAAGCUACGGUUACCCUGGUAAUUUACAACCUCUAAUUCAGCCUAAGCUUGGGGUAUCUGAAGGUGCCUGUCACCCCUCUUAGUUCUUCUGAGCUCUAUGCCCAGCUAUUUUAUUCCUUCUUUUAAAAGAUUGAGAACUUCACAGAUUACCGUAUAUAC